CUCCCUCUACCUGAGAAGGAGGAUCCCUGUGCUAGCUCGAUCAAAGAUCAAAGAUGGAGGAGCGGACUCGCAGCAUUCUGAUUUUGAUGACCUUGCUUUCCAUCUCCAUUGCUGGCGGCAAUGCAGGUGGCUUGCAGCAUCAUAAGGGUAGGCAUGGUAAGCAUGGUCGUCAUAUGUCUGCUCGUAAUGUGACUUACGACGGUAAGUCACUGUUCAUUAACGGAAGGCGCGAGAUCCUUUUUUCCGGCUCCGUCCAUUACACACGAAGCACCCCAGAUAUGUGGCCUGACAUUCUUGACAAAGCAAGGCGCGGAGGCUUGAACGUCAUUCAAACUUACGUUUUCUGGAACGCUCACGAGCCAGAGCCCGGCAAGUUCAACUUCCAAGGCAAUUAUGAUCUUGUCAAGUUCAUUAGGCUCGUUCAAGCCAAAGGCAUGUUUGUCACUCUCAGGGUUGGUCCCUUCAUCCAAGCCGAGUGGAACCACGGAGGUCUUCCUUAUUGGCUUAGAGAGGUCCCUGGCAUCAUAUUCCGCUCUGACAAUGAGCCCUACAAGUUUCACAUGAAAGCCUUCGUGUCUAAGAUUAUACAGAUGAUGAAGGAUGAGAAGCUCUUUGCUCCCCAAGGAGGUCCCAUCAUCUUGGCUCAAAUUGAGAACGAGUACAAUCAUAUCCAACUUGCAUACGAAGAGAAGGGAGACAGUUACGUCCAAUGGGCUGCCAAUAUGGCCGUGGCCACCGAUAUUGGUGUUCCAUGGCUCAUGUGCAAGCAGAGGGAUGCCCCUGAUCCCGUCAUCAACGCAUGCAAUGGUAGACACUGUGGUGAUACCUUCGCAGGGCCAAACAAACCAUACAAACCAGCCAUAUGGACCGAGAAUUGGACUGCUCAGUACAGAGUACAUGGAGAUCCACCAUCCCAGAGAUCCGCAGAAGACAUCGCAUUCUCAGUUGCCCGUUUCUUCUCCAAGAAUGGAAAUUUGGUCAACUACUAUAUGUACCAUGGUGGAACAAACUUUGGCAGAACAAGCUCUGUGUUUAGCACAACCCGUUAUUACGAUGAGGCACCUCUUGAUGAAUACGGUCUGCCCAGAGAACCGAAAUGGAGUCACCUGAGGGACGUGCACAAAGCUUUGCUCCUUUGCAGGAGGGCUAUCCUUGGUGGCGUUCCCAGUGUCCAAAAGUUGAACCAUUUUCACGAGGUUAGAACCUUUGAGAGGGUUGGAACCAACAUGUGUGCUGCUUUCAUCACUAACAACCACACCAUGGAGCCAGCCACCAUUAACUUCAGAGGCACAAACUACUUUUUGCCUCCACAUUCCAUCAGCAUCCUCCCCGAUUGCAAGACCGUGGUCUUCAACACCCAACAGAUUGUUUCACAGCACAAUUCAAGGAACUACGAGAGGUCACCCGCAGCCAACAAUUUCCACUGGGAGAUGUUCAAUGAGGCCAUUCCAACGGCCAAGAAAAUGCCAAUCAACCUCCCAGUUCCCGCAGAGCUUUACAGCUUGCUUAAGGACACCACCGACUAUGCUUGGUACACCACCAGCUUCGAGUUGAGUCAAGAAGACAUGUCAAUGAAGCCCGGGGUACUUCCAGUACUUCGUGUUAUGAGUCUCGGACAUUCAAUGGUUGCAUUCGUAAACGGAGACAUCGUUGGAACUGCUCAUGGUACCCAUGAAGAAAAAUCUUUUGAGUUCCAGACACCUGUAUUGCUCAGGGUUGGAACCAACUAUAUUUCCUUGUUGUCUAGCACUGUUGGACUACCCGACAGCGGAGCUUACAUGGAACAUAGGUACGCAGGACCCAAGUCCAUAAACAUCCUUGGUCUCAACAGGGGGACACUAGAUCUUACUCGCAAUGGGUGGGGUCAUCGGGUUGGUCUGAAAGGUGAGGGCAAGAAAGUUUUCAGCGAGGAAGGAUCAACAAGUGUAAAGUGGAAACCACUUGGUGCAGUUCCGAGGGCUCUGAGCUGGUACAGGACAAGAUUUGGCACCCCAGAGGGAACAGGCCCUGUUGCCAUAAGGAUGAGUGGUAUGGCGAAGGGAAUGGUGUGGGUCAACGGUAACAACAUUGGUCGCUACUGGAUGAGUUACCUCUCUCCACUUGGAAAGCCUACUCAAUCAGAGUACCACAUCCCAAGAUCUUUCCUGAACCCACAAGACAAUUUGCUUGUGAUUUUUGAAGAGGAGGCCAGAGUUCCAGCACAGGUUGAGAUCCUAAAUGUGAACAGAGACACAAUCUGCAGCGUAGUUGGAGAGAGGGACCCUGCGAACGUGAAUUCAUGGGUGUCUAGGAGGGGCAAUUUCCAUCCUGUAGUGAAAUCAGUUGGAGCAGCAGCUUCGAUGGCGUGUGCAACUGGGAAAAGGAUAGUGGCAGUGGAGUUCGCAAGCUUUGGAAACCCCAGUGGUUAUUGCGGAGACUUUGCAAUGGGAAGCUGCAAUGCUGCUGCCAGCAAGCAAAUCGUGGAGCGAGAAUGCUUAGGGCAAGAAGCUUGCACGCUUGCAUUGGACCGUGCGGUGUUCAACAACAAUGGCGUGGAUGCUUGCCCAGAUUUGGUGAAGCAACUUGCAGUCCAAGUGAGGUGUGCUUAGGUCUUGUUUCGUGGUUUAACUUGGCCAAGUAGAAGAGUCCAGGAGCUCAACAUGUCAUUGGAUUUUUGUACCAUCAUACUUCAAUUCAAUGCCUACAUCCUUUUAAAUCAAUAUAUCAAAAUUACAGCGUUUAUUUAAAACAUUAC